AUGAUGAACGGCGUACCUAAGAAACGCACCAACUUGCGCAUCAAAGCUUUCCCGAUGUCAAUGGAUGAUAAACUAAUUGAUAAUAUUUGGGUGUUAUUGAAAAAUGCUAUCCAAGAAAUUCAAAAGAAAAACAAUUCCGGUCUAAGCUUUGAAGAACUUUACCGAAAUGCUUAUACCAUGGUAUUGUUGAAACAUGGUGAGAAAUUGUAUACUGGUAUGAAGGAAGCUGUAAUAAACCAUUUAGAGAAUAAGGUUAGAGAAGAUGUUCUAAAGGCAUUAAAUAAUAAUUUUUUACACGUUUUAAAUGUUGCUUGGAAUGACCAUCAAACUUCAAUGGUGAUGAUACGGGACAUAUUGAUGUACAUGGACCGAGUUUAUGUUAAGCAUAAUGAAGUUGAUAAUGUUUAUAAUUUGGGUCUCGUUUUGUUCCGCGAUCUAAUUGUUCGCUAUGGAUAUAUUCGUGAUCAUCUUCGGAUGACACUAUUAAAUUUAAUAAAACUUGAAAGAAAAGGUGAAGUAGUUGAUCGAAUAGCCAUUAAAAAUGCAUGUCAAAUGUUAAUGAUUCUUGGAAUUACUGGGCGUAUUGUUUAUGAAGAAGAUUUUGAAAAACCAUUUUUGGAACAAUCUGCUGAAUUUUAUAAAAUGGAAAGUCAAAAGUUCUUAGAUGAAAAUAGUGCAUGCAUUUAUAUUAGAAAAGUUGAAUCUAGAAUUAUGGAAGAAUCAGAUCGAGCAAAACAUUACUUAGAUGAUUCAACUGAGAGUCGAAUUGUUGAGGUUAUUGAAAUCGAACUAAUUAAAAGAAAUAUGAAAACCAUUGUUGAGAUGGAAAAUUCUGGUGUUGUAUACAUGUUGAAGAACAACAAAAUUGAUGAUUUAGCAUGCAUGUACAAGCUAUUGUCCCGUGUUUCUGAAGGUUUAAAAACCAUGGCUGAUAGUGUUAGCCAGUAUUUGCGAGAAUUGGGAAAAUCACUUGUACAAGAACAAGAUAUUAAUACUAAUGCAGUCAACUAUAUUCAGAGUUUGCUGGAUUUAAAAGAUAGAUUUAAUUUUUUCUUGGUUCAUUCUUUUAACAAUGAUAAGAUGUUUAAACAAAUGAUUGCUGCUGAUUUUGAAUAUUUUUUCAACAUCAAUUCCAAGUCACCAGAAUAUUUAUCUUUGUUUGUGGAUGAAAAAUUGAAAAAGGGUGUGCGUGGGUUAACUGAAAAUGAUGUAGAAAUAGUCUUGGACAAAGCUAUGGUCAUUUUCCGCUUUCUUCAAGAAAAAGAUGUAUUUGAAAGGUAUUAUAAACAGCAUUUAGCCAAGAGAUUACUUUUAAAUAAAUCUGUCAGCAACGACAAUGAAAAAAAUAUGAUCUCAAAACUCAAGACUGAGUGUGGCUGUCAAUUCACUUCAAAACUGGAAGGUAUGUUCAAAGAUAUGUCUAUAUCUAACACCAUCAUGGAAGAAUUUAAAGAAUAUGCCGCUAAGUCUAAUAAUCCAUUUUUACAUGCUGUGGAUCUUACGGUGAGAGUAUUAACCACAGGGUUCUGGCCUACCCAUGCAUUAUCAAAGUGCAAUGUACCGUUAGUUCCUAGGAGUGCUUUUGCAGAAUACCGAAUAUUUUAUCUGGGUAAACAUAAUGGACGGCAACUAACAUUGCAACCACAACUUGGAUCAGCUGAUUUAAAUGCUGUAUUCUAUGGUUCAAGACGAUCAGACAAUGAAUUAUCUACAAGUGUAUCUUCUUCAGCGAAUUCUCUCAAUCCAUCUACCGUGAGAAAACACAUAAUUCAAGUGUCGACUUAUCAGAUGUGUAUUCUAUUAAUGUUCAAUACUCAUGAAAAAUUAUCUUUUGAAGACAUACGAAGUGAAACCGAUAUUCCUGAUAAAGAUUUAAUUAGAGCAUUACAAUCUUUAGCAUUGGGAAAACCCUCACAGCGUAUACUUUUGAAGACUCCUAAAUGCAAAGAAAUAGAAUUAACUCAUGAAUUUUGUGUUAAUGAGUUAUUUACUUCGAAAUUGCAUAGAGUGAAAAUCCAAACAGUUGCAGCUAAAGGUGAAACUGAACCAGAAAGAAAAGAAACUAGAAGCAAGGUAGAUGAGGACCGUAAGCAUGAAAUUGAAGCUGCUAUUGUACGCGUUAUGAAAUCUCGGAAAAAAAUGAUUCAUAACUCCCUUGUAUUGGAAGUUGUUGAACAACUCAGAGUCAGAUUCUUACCUUCUCCCGUUAUUAUCAAAAAAAGAAUCGAAGGACUAAUUGAAAGGGAAUACCUUGCAAGAUCAGCAGAAGAUAGGCGGACUUAUCUUUAUGUUGCCUAAAAUGUGUAUUUAAAAUUGUAUAUUAAGUCUUCCUAUGUAAAAAUUGACAACUGAAGAUUAUGCAGUAUCAUGCUAAGAUGUAACACUAUAUAUUUUAGCUGAAUAAUUUUUGAUUGAAAUGUGGUUUUAGUAGAAAUGGUGUACCUGAAAUGCACAUUUUGAGAAAAUUCCAAAAGUUUCUUACAGAUUUGCAUGAACAACUUUUGUAUUAAGUUUUUUUCAAAUAACUUAAUGAUUACUAAGUUUAAGUAAUUUUAAAUCUGAUUAUAAUUAUCUAUUUAUCUGUUGUUCACACAUAUCUAUUUUGCUUCGUUAAUUUACUCCAAUUUUAUUUUACUCAUUCACAUAAUAGUAUUAUACAGAAUAAUUUAUGAUAACAAAAAAUACAAAUUUGUUAUUUAUUAGAUAUUAUUAAUUAACUUACCAACUUUUCGUGUUCAAAUAGGAAUAAUGAACAACAUAAUUUUGUAAAAAAUGGGAAUUAUCCAUUAAGUAAAAUUCUAAUAUUGUCUGCUUAGUAAUGUAUAUCAUUUUUUAUACAACAAUUUUUCAUCUGAAUCCGUAGACAUAAAUUGGAGUUGCUGACGAAAAAGGUUAGGUUAAGUAGGAACUUGUCUCAAAAUGUAUAAUAAACACUCCUGAGAACUCUUGUUUCAAUCUAAUAUUAAACAUCUAUUAUAGUGUUACCUCUUAGCAUGGCAAAAAAUGUAUAUAUUAAAUUAGGGACCCGUCGUUCCUAUUAAAAAAAAUAAAAUCAUAAGAAUAAAUGAACAAUAUAUACUUAAUAGAUUCCUUAAUGUUUUUCAUACAAAGAGAAUAUUUAUCGAGCAAUGUUAUAAUUUUGUAACAAAUGUACAGGUGCUACACGGUAUCAUGAUCCAGUGAUAAUUUCCAGUCACUAUUUACAAAAACCAAAAAAUAUAUUAAUCAUAAGUUUAAUGUGAUAAUGAUCGUUUUCAUCUAUGGUCUUCUUGUAUUGUAAGAAUAAAAUAUGUUUAUUCCAUUUUAAAUAUAUUAUCAAAUGAACUCGAAUUGUUGUUUAUUUCAGGACAAUCUUUAUUGCACAUAAAUAAUAAAAAAAAAUUUUUUUUCAUACUGAAAUAUAACCAUAAUACUAUACUAGAUAAUUAUUAUCAACACAAUUAAGAUUUAUAUAGUAUUGAUAUUAAAUAAUUGUUUUAUACAUUUUUUUUUCAUAUUGAUUGCAUUUCAAUGAAUAAUUUUAUGAAAAAUUAAUUUUUAAGUUAUCAUGUUUCUAAUGAGCCAUUUUGGUAUUUAUAUGGAAACGAUUUUCUACAUUCCAUUUUUGGAAUAUUUUAGUAUGGUCACACGUACAUAUUUGUCGUGUGUUACUAAACCAUGGAAUUUUUGUUUUCCAUUAAUAGUAAUUGUAUGCUUUAAUUAAAUUAAUAUAAUAUAAUGUCUUAGAAAAUUUUUUUUUUUUGUUUGUUCUCUAUUAACAAGUUAUAUAAGUCUUAACAC